AGUCCCUCAACCAGAUUUACGGGUUCCGGACUCCAGUGCAGAGCUGAGACCUGAUCCAGCAGCAUCCGAACUGGACGCUGAAGUGGAGCUACAGGAAGCAGGAGGAGGUUUCCGACCUUGCUCUGGAACAUUAUACACCUGAGAUGAAAGUCCAAUAACACACGCCAGAACUCGAGCGAGGUCCGGAUCCAGCACCACUUCACAUCUGGAGGAAUUCCACUGAGCGCAGCCCACACCGCGGCCACCAUGUACCGAUCCACCAAAGGCGCGUCCAAGGCUCGACGGGACCAGAUCAACGCCGAGAUCCGGAACUUGAAGGACUUGUUGCCCAUUUCUGACACCGACAAAGCUCGUCUGUCGUACCUGCACAUCAUGUCUCUGGCCUGCAUGUACACGAGGAAGUCCGUGUUCUUCACCCACGAAUCUUCCUCUGGUGAGGAGGACACCGGCUUUCUGUCCUUCAACGAGCUGACCGAGUGGGUCCAGGCGCUUCCCGGGUUCUUGAUGCUACUGACUGGGGAAGGGAAGCUGCUCUUCUUGUCGGACAGCGUCGCCGAACACCUCGGACACUCCAUGGUGGACCUUGUGGCACAGGGCGACAGCGUGUACGACAUCAUUGAUGCUUCAGACCACCUGGUCAUGAGAACCAACCUGUCGACAGCGUCUGACUCAGACCGUCUCUUCCGCUGUCGCUUCAACACCUCCAAGUCCGUGCGCAGACAGAGUGCUGGGAACAAGCUGGUCCUGAUCCGAGCUCGCUGCCUCUCCACUCCCUCCACCACAGCCACAGCCGGCUCCUACUGGACCUCCAACCCGGUCUGGGUCUGCUUCUGCUCCCCCCUGGAGCCACACCCCAGCCGCCCGGGCCCUGAGUCCACCUCCCACCCACCACAGGUGGACGCGAACCUGUUCCUGGCCUGUUUCCACUCCCAGCACAGCCGGGACAUGAGGCUGCAGGCAGCCCAGGACAGCGUGAGCUCGUAUUUGGGUUACGACGCUGCAUCUCUGCGCUCCUGCUCCUGGUACAGUCUCCUCCACCCACAGGACCUGACGCACGCCUCCUCGCAGCACCGCAGCCUGCUGAGAGAAGGAGGAGAAGGCCGGGCUGAGAUGGUGGUCCGGGUGCAGGCUCAGGACCAGUCGUGGGUUUGGCUCUACAUGAUCCUUCAGCUGCAGCCUGGGGAGCUGCCCAUCAGCAGCAACAACUACAUCAUCAGUGAGUCAGAAGCUUGGUCGGUGCGUCAGCAGCUGACCUCCGAGCAGAACCAGCUCACUCUGGUUCUGAGCGCUGGCACCAGUCAGCAGGAGGGUCUAAGCCUCCAGUCACCAGAGACCCUUUCCAGCCCGGACCAGGUCUUCACGCCCGGCAGCAGUGGGCUCUCGGCUCAGUCCUUCGACUUCAGCACCACCGGCUGCAGUGUGGGCUCCUCCGACGACCCCGGCAGCUCCACGGCCGAGGCCAUGCAGGUGGAGGGAGACCCCCGCUCCAGCAUCUCCUCUCUGGAGGAGGAAAGCUUCUUCCAGCCUCCACCGAUCCAAAGCCCCUCGGCCGCGUCCUCCCCGACCCCGGUUACUGUCGAGACUGUUGCAGACUUGGACUUUUUGACCCAGAACAUUCUGCUGCCACCUUCCUUCCAGUUGGACCCGCCUCUGCCCGCCCUCCCGCUGCCCCUCCCUCCUGUGCCCACCUCACAAGCUCAACAGACCAAAGAGUUUGUGUGCACUCCCCCCUACACACCUCACAUGAGUGGGAGCAGCUUCCCAUUCGGGGAACCCCUCUUCAGCUUCGACCCGACUGGCACCACCACCCCGCCCCCCUCAGCCACGACGACCACGUCCAGCACCUCCUUGGCUCCCUCAACUUCCUCCUCAGCUCCACCGACAACAGCCUCCAGCCCUGCUCCCCCCACCACUCUGUCUAACAAGCUCCCCCUCACCCUGCCCACUCCCUCCACCGAGCUCCUGUUCCCCAUCGAGUCCUGCAGCGGAUCCCUUUAUGAGAAACUUCCCCCGACUCCAGACAGCCCUGGAGAUGGCGACUGCACAAUCAUGACCCUCCCUGAGGUCCGGGGCCCUCUUUAUGUGGACGUCCCACUGGGCCCACUCCAGUGCCCACCUGAGGGGCUCCUCACUCCCGAGGCGUCGCCCGGAAAACAGCCCUGCCACUCCUUUUUCUCCCUGGAGCGAGAGAGGGAGAAGGAGCGGGCGGAGAUCUCCCUCUUAGCCCAGCACAUCAGCUCACUGGCGGAGGGAUUCUAUCUUGACCCGCUUCUGUCCAAACUAUCUCCUCCCCCUAUGUCUCCCUCCUCUGCCCCACCUUCCCCCUUCAUGUCCCCCGCCAUUGAACCCGUCAGCGUAGAUUCGGUCCACAUGCUCAGGGAGUUCUAUCCCAUCAAAGCCUUGAAAGGUCUGGACGUCCCAAUGUUCCUGGACGAGGAGGAGUCUCUGUUUGAAGAGAACCUCCUAGAAACCCUCCUUCAAGAUGACUUUGCAUCUCCUCGCUCACCCCAAAGCUCUUCCUCUCCCUCAAGUCCAACCUCUCCUCAAACCCCAGUGUACUGGCGCCAACCCUCCCCGUUUGAGGGCCACUUCUGUAGCGUCCAAUCGGCGCAUUGUAACUGCAAGGCCGGGUGCGGGGCGACCGAGGUCGGGAUGGAGGGUGAGGGGUCUGCUGAGGAGCCGAUGGAGAUCGAGGUGGUUUCAUCUCCUUUAUCCUCCAUCCCAGCUUCCCCUCCCCUCAUCCUCACGGCCUCGCCGAGCCCUGCCAGCUCCUCGCCCACCGUCUCGCCCGCGCCCGCCACGUCCUGCACUCAGUCCCUCCUGGAGGAACUGUCUGUCCUGGAACCCAUGUUAGGGGCAGGUGCCUCGAUCGCCCCUGGUUUAGGGCAACAACCUGAGUUGUAUCAACUCCAAUGUCAUUCAUCGCCACAGUGCUCCCACAAAGAUGGGAGUGGAAGUGUUCCUCCGUUCUAAAAUAAGUCUGUGACUUACUUCAUUAAGUAUGGCAUAUUGUCAUAUUUUGUGGAGCCCCUUUUACUGCAAAGUAAAACACAAUUAAGUGUAUAAAUAUACAUAAUGUAUAUACAACUUAAGGACUUCACGUCUCCUGAGGACAAAGAUUGCUUCAUAUUUUUGUUCCCUCAUCGAUCUGUGUGCUGCAACGUGACCACGCGCAGCCGCAUGGACUCAUCACUGACUGAGUGUUGGCUCCAUGUGGCGCCGCUCGGCUUCUGUGUUCCAUCGGCUCCAGACGUGAUCCCACAGAGAAACCUCUCUGGACUUCACCGUUUAACUUCCAGACAUUUGUAAUCACUUGUAGUGAAAAAGCUGUUGUGAACAAAAAAACAAAGAAAAAAAAAACUCGGUAUUUCAAUAGGGAUGAAUCAGCACUUCUGCCUGACCUGCAACAAACUCAAACCUCGCCAGUAUUAAGAGUCAAAUAUGUUUACACACUUUUCGAACUGGAAAAGCAUCACAAGAGCUUUGAGUUUGUGGCUUCAAACCUUUAAUAUUUCUUUAUCUCUUCAUCUAAGAUUUUGUGUAUCAAUGUGAUGUGCAAAGAAAAAAAAAAGGACGUGUGGAGAUUCUGGCAGGAAAGAUCUCAAGAAUGUCAAGGUGUCUGCUGCGCACACCAACUAAGAGAUUGUCUGGAAGUUUGCCGGAGCUCCGACCACCGAUCCUUGUCGUACUGUACAUUAGACUCUGAAUGUGGGCUGGAUAUUCUCGCAGCAUCAAUAUUUGCAAUGCUGGCAGCUUAUAGCGGCUCCUGUGUGCCUGACACGGGCCCCUGACCUGCUGAACUCUUAUCACAUCGCUGCUCCUCUGGAGCGACGGUGUACCGAGGCACAAUUGACUAUGUGAAUGAGCGAUUCUUCUUUUUUGAGAGGGGUUAUAGAAUACAACAAGGUUUUGUUUUAAAACACGGAAAUGGGUACGGGGUGCUAUUUCUAUCAGAAAACCAAGCGACACGGCUUGAGAAUGGUACUAUUCCCAUGGUGUCGACACGAUCACGUAGAGUUGUCUACGGUCAAGUAAAGGAUUGAUUCCUACGUUCUAGCUAUUCAAGGCUACUUUAAUAUACAUGUGUAAAAUUCUACUAUUGUCUGUGUAAUACUUGAAGAAGAUUAAUGCGUUUGCAUUAUGUCUGUGAAUAUACAGCUACGUUCUUUACAGAAAGGUACACGUUUGUACAUUUGUAUGACGCAGUCAUUGGAUUGUACAUACUGACUGAGAUUUUUAUGGAGAGAAAUGGAUCUAUAUAUAUUUAUUCCGGGCAUCUUACUGCAGAAUGGACAUUGUGGACCAGUGUUCUAUUGUGUUGCUUAUAAGUGUAUUUGAUUGUCAUACAAAUGCAUUUAUAAUAAAGUGCACUUAAUGCAGCCGAUGCCUUUGUGUCGUCACAGUCAAGCCCCCUGCCACCUCCCCCAUCAUCAUCAUCAUCAUCAUCAUCAUCAUCAUGGCAUCCCACCUCUCUUCCUGCCUCUCAUUUCUUCCCCUGGAGUGUGUUUCGCUCAGCAACAGCUCUGACGCACACACAUGACGAGACAGAAUGAGGCACUAUCUGACUCAGACUGACGCACACGCUCGACAUCAGGGUCUCUGCGUAUGCGCAGGCGCACACACCCUCUUCGCCUCCCACUUAUGAUGAUGCAC